AUGCGUUAUAAGUUUGUUCUGUGGCUUCUGUUUGCCACAAUUGUGGGCCUGGUAGAGUCUAAGAACGACUUUGAAAUGCAAUUUGAGAACUUCACAUGCAGCACUGACGAUGAUAAAGGAAUUUUUAUACAAGAAUUCAAAUGUGGUCUAAGUAAGAAUCUCAAGAGACGAACUUUUAGUAUGGAAUUCAUGUUGAAGCAAACUCUGAACGAUCAUGACUUUUUUAUGACAAUUGUGCUACCCCGUCCGAAUAUGAGAAUGGAUUUCGUUUUACUCAAUCUCACCACCGAUGGCUGUCAAUUGUUGGCCAAUAAAAAUCAAGUGCCCCUAAUGCAUAUGGGACGCAGUUUGGUCGAGCGAUACAGCAAUCUACCCAAACAAUGCCCCUUCGAGACGGGCAUAACUUACUAUAUACGUGGAUUUCGUAUGGAUUUGAGUCUAAUACCAGCUGUUGAAAUGGAGACACCGGUUAAGGUUGUCUUGGGCUAUCAGCGUAAACAUUUGACCUUGGUCCGGGGUCAUUUGGUGGCACGUGUGCAACGCACUGUCACAGGAGGCAAGAAAUCUAAAGUCUAA